CGAUCUUUAAAUGAAAAUGCUAGAUUAUCUAACCAUUUUACGCUUAUGAAUGUUUAUAUAAAACGCGAUAUCAUACAAAACUCGUUAGCGAUAAAUUCUUGUCUACAACCGUUAGUUCUUGUAAAAACAUAAAAAAAAAGUAGGGGGAGUACGUCAAAAUUUCAUUACUCGAAUGCCGACGAAUUCAUUAACCACGCAUGCGCACGGACACAAACACAUGGCGAUCGCCUCCCUACUCGGAAUGUUGACAACAGUUAGGACAUCCUAGACGCCUAGUAGUCUAUUUUGGGUUGUUGACAUUCUCCACGCUGCAUUAGUUAAUUGAAUAAUGUCUUACUGAUCUGGAUCGAUGACGAUUCGGCCAUUUGUAUCGCCAAAUAGAAAAGUGAAGAAGUCAAAACUGUAUUUAUUUCAACAUUCCCGGCCAGUUGGCAUCGAUAGCAAAUGUUAUCAUUCCGUUUAGUGUCCUGUAGAGCAUUGAAGUUACCGUCAUGAAAAAUGUACAGUUUGAAAUCUGAUGGAAUUUGUGAUGGAUAUGAACAUUUUUAUUUGAUUAGAAAGAAAAGAAAACAAUGUUAAUAUUGAUACAUUUUACUGUUUGUAUAUCUUGCUGAUAUUUUUCUUUGUGGCAUUUCUUGGCUGUAAUAGUUCUGUUUAACAGUAUUAUUACUCCAUUAUCAUAACAGCUAGAAAGACAUUUAGGUGUAUCUAGCAAACACUUAAUAACAAAUCUGCUGUGUAUGACGAUGCGGAAACCUUCUGUUUGUGCUAGUACAGAAACUGUUGAUAUGAUGACGUCUAAUCAGCCAAAUAAUGAUAGUGGAGAAAGUCGUAUAGAGAGAAUGAGAAAGUUUCUUAGUUCACCAUUAACAAGGAAAAGAUCACCAGUUAAUCAUACAAAUUCAAAGGUAUUUGGCACUCCUCUGGAAAUUUUAAUUCAAAAAAAUUCUUCAGAUACUCCAGUGCCAUACAUUAUUAUGCGAAUUUGUCAAUACAUUGAAAAGAAAGGAUGUGCAUCAAACGGACUAUUUCGUAUUAGUGGAAAUGCACGUUUAAUAGAACGUUUAAAAUUAUCUUUUGAUCAAACUGGAGAUGCACCUUUAGAAACUGAAGGUGAUGUAGCUUCAGCGGCAGCUUUGCUUAAAUUAUUUCUUCGUGAAUUACCUGAUCCAUUAAUUCCUGCUUCCAUGCAUCAAGCUUUUCUAAGUGCAGCUAAAACUAAUGGACAAAGCAAAGAAGAGUGCAUAAAACAGCUUAAAAAUCUUGUACAGAGGUUACCAUUAGCUAAUUUAAAUGUCUUGAAAUAUCUUUCUUGCUUUUUGGUGAGUGUUAGUCAUCAUGAAGAAGAAAACAGAAUGAAUGCUUCUGCAUUAGGAAUUGUAUUUGGACCUAAUCUUUUUCGAGUUGCAGAAGAUUUUAAAGGAUUAAAAGAACAAUCUUUGACAAAUCAAAUUGUUACUUACUUUAUCAGUGAUUAUCACAAUAUAUUUAAUGGUGAGCUUGAAUACUCUGGAACUAGAGUUGAUACACUUGGAGAUGAAGAGCGAUUAAUUUCACUUAACAAUAAUGCUUGUCUUGGUUUACCGUCCUCUACUUUAGCCACUCAAAAGACAAGUCUUUAUCCUAGCAUUGGACAUGCUACAGAUUUGGAAUCUUUAUCUGUUGUUAUUCCAUCUGUGGAUAAUGCAUUGUUAAUGAUUCAUCCUGAUAAAGAAUUAUUGCCAGAAAGACAACCUCCAUUUCUUAUGGUUAAUAGUCUUGUUGAAGAAACAAUUAACAGAACAAUUACAGAACAUCUUUUUGGAGAAGAUAAAGGUUCUGUUGAAGAAAGUAAUGGUGCUAUACAGUUUCGGAGAAAACGGAAGGAUAGAAAGCUGCUGAGCAAAGAACAUCAGAACUCUCAUGAAAUUCCUGGACGAAAUGCUCAUUCUCAAGAAAUUUUGAGUUUUGCGCAUUGUUCAGAAGCAAGUACAAGGACAGAUGCUUAUAGUGUGGAUGAUAUAAAUGGUUUUCAGUCAUCUGAUAAAUAUGAACAUAAUCAUCAAAAUUCUAAAAAGCUUGUCACAGAUGAUCAUUCCAUAUCGUUGGAUAUCCAUCGUGAUAGUAAAAUCCAUAGUCCCAGACCUCCUAAACCAAAAAGGCGAGAAAUAGAAACUUUGUCUAAUUCUGAACCAGUAUUAGAUCCUCAAGCUGUGCUUUCUUCAGGAGAUUUUAGUUUCCAUGAGGCACAAAGAAUUGUUGAACGUCUUACUCCAAGAUCUUCUGUAAGGUCACAGCUUCUAGUUUCUAAAAGCACUUAUCAGAAGAAUGUACCAUUUAUUUCUGACAAAUAUGAAAAUCAAAAUAAAGAGAAAGUAGAUGCAUUAACAGAUAACAAUUUGACUACUACUAAUCAACAAUCAACAGAUAUUCCUUCAGAAAUUACAGAAUUAAAGAAUUAUAAUGAUGAUAUAAGUAUACAAACUUCAUCUAAUGCAAGAGAUAGUUUUGAGACAGAACAAUCUACCUUAUCUAUGGAAGAAAGUUUUGUAAAAGUAUCUCCUUCUGAUCUUUCAGAACAGUUUGAUUUAUCAAAUAGUUUGGAAGAGUUUUCUACAGGACAUGAUGCAAUGUUGCCUAAUUCAGAUGAUAUCACUGAGGAAAAAUCAGAUCUAAUAGAGAGAAAAUUUGGUUAUCAUAGUGAUAUUAUGAGGGAUAGUUAUUCUUCAGAAUGUGCUUCAGAUAAUAAUGAUUUGGAACAACUUUCUUCUGAACAUAGAUUUAGUUGGCCUAUUUUAAAAAAUGCUUCUAGUGAAGAUGCUACAUUAUCACCAUGCCCAAACCAUUUAAGAAAAACAAAUUCUUUUGAAGCAUCUCUUUCUCCAAGUGCAUAUAAAAGUUAUUUAUCUCAUAGAAGUGAACAUCUUGAUCAGAGUCUUCCUCCUUCCCCUCCUGUUGAACAAGAAGAUUUUAUUAAAAGUUCCUCAAAAGACGAUGAAACAGUUACUCUUUCUAUUAAGUUCCUAACUAAAAAAAUUCAUGGUUUAAAAAAGAAAAUUAAACAGUUUGAUGAAGCAUAUGAAGCAACACAUGGUUAUCGACCAUCUCAUGCAGAAAAAAUGAAUUAUCCAGAUAUGAAGAAAAUCAUUACAGAACUAAAUAAAAUAAGGAAAGAACUAAAACAUUUAAAAGAAGAAGGUGAUGUUAUGGAAAUGUCAGUUGAAUCUCCAGUUUCUUAUUAUGCCGAACCUUGUGUCUGUACUGAACUUCCUAAUUCUAAAAGCACAACAACAGUAAAAGUAGCUGAAAAUCAUGGUGUUAUUAAUAGGGAUGGCAGAAAAAGGCAUUCAAUUGAAGAUUCUUUAAAAGAUACACUAAAAAGUUUAUCAGAUAAAAGGCAGUUAGCAGAAAGACCAGAAGAAUUAGAGGCAAUGACCAAAGAACAAGUGGUUGAAGAAAAAGUUGCUAUUCAGAAAGCACUUCUUCGAUUUGAAAGUGUUCACGGAAGGCCUGUUUCAAAAACUGAUAGAGAUUUGAUGCGUCCACUAUAUGAUCGCUAUCGAAAUGUAAAACGAAUAAUUUCAAAAUCUGGUUAUCAGAGUAGUGGAACAUCGAAAGUUAAAGAUUCUCUAGCUGAACUACAACCCAUUUUAGAACAUGUUGCUAUGGAUUUUAAAACUCCAGAACAUAAAAGAGAAAAUGAGACAUCCCCAACAGUAGUAGCUGAAUCUAGUCAGAGUUCAUCAGAAGUUACUACUGAACAAACUGUUCCUUUAUUAGAAAAGUCAACAGAAAAACCACCUGAAAAUAAUGUAAAGUUGAGAAAUAUUCCUACAGAAGUACAACAAUAUGGUUCAAAUUUACAUGAACUCCCACUACCAGAACUUAUUCGUCGCCAACAGUAUGCAAAAAUAGAAAAACAUAGAUUAAGACGUUUACUUAGAGAUUUUGAAGAACAAUUUCAAAAACAGACAGGCAGAAAAUUGCAAAAAGAAGACAGAAUUCCAAUGGAAAGUAUCUAUGGAGAGUAUAAGCAUGUCAAAGCACAGUUGAAAUUGUUGGAAGCAUUACUAUCCAAGCAUGAACAACAUCUUAUUUAAAACUAUUGGCUUUCUUUCGUUUACUUUUCAUAAUUUCUUCUUUUUUUUUAUGGAAGAGUUACACGAUUGUCCAUUUUGAGGGAAUAUUUUAUGCGGUGUGACGGAAGAAGAGAAGCUAUAGCAUCACUUCAAUUUGCCGAACAUUAUUCACUGUACAGCUUUCAUUAUGAUUUUCAUUUGUACAGUAGCCUCAAUACUCCAUUAUGCAUUUGGCAUAACAUAUAUGAACAGUAUUUUUGUGAUGUCUUAAUUUUAUAUGAAUUAGUAUUUGACUCUAGAGAUGCCGUCAUAUAUUGGAGCCGUACAAGUAUGAUGUGUGUGUGACAUUUCUGCAUGAUUGUUGGAAUGUAUGUGGUCCAUGCUAUCUUUUUCAUUGAACGGCAUUAUUGUUGAUCAGCAUUCGUGUCAUAUUGAAAUCUUAUUCUGUUAAUAUUGGAAGCUGUAUUUUCUAUAUAAUUGUACAUAGUUCUUAUGAAAGCAGAAAUUUAUUGAUUGUAAUUUAAGUAUGAUUUAUCUGUAAUAGAAUUGUUUACAGAGGUGGUUUGCCGUGCGGAAGGUUCACAAUACUCUCGGCAUUCUCGAUGCCAGUAUCAGAUACAACAUAAUGCCAAAGGGCUAAAGUACAACAAUAAUUAUUAAUUUGUUAACGUGUGUUCCAUUGUGAUAAUUUAUAUACUCAAGAAAUUGUGUUUCCAAUAAACACAAUUACUUUAUAUUGUAAAACAAUAACAUACUUUCCCAUAUAUAUUUAUAUAUUUGUGCAUAGUCAUAUGAGUUUCGUUAAAGCUAAAUGGAUAAUUUUCAUAUAUAUUAUUAUUAUUAUUAAAUUCUUCGUGAGAUUGUUGGAAUAUAUUUAAUUUUUUAAGUGUUUAUUAUGCAUUUAAUGUUCAAUUUUAAGAUUUGUUUGAUUAUAUUGAGUACUGAAAGGUUUUACCAGAAGUUCUCGACUUGAUUUUGUAUUGGAUAAAAUGUUUUAAAACUCUUCAAGAAUUUUAAAUUUACAUUUUAUCAUCUUAUACUAGAAAAAAUUUGAAUUUCCCUCUAAAAGAUAACUAAAAGUUUAGAAAAGAGAUUUAAUUAAUUUGGCAGUAAUUUAACCAAAUUUUGUGAAAUAUGAACAAAGUAAUCCAUAUCACAAGAAUGAAACUUGUCAAAAUUAAUUUGGGAAAUUUUUGGUACAGACCUUCACGUAUUUGUCAAGAAUUGAUCUCGAGUCCAAAACGAAUCAGUUCUUGCAUAAAUACCAAAUUCAAAAUCUUUGUUAUGGCUAACAUUCAAUAAAGAAGGUAUUAUUUUCUAGUCAUACUUGCAAUACAAAUAAUCCUUCAACUCAGGUGAGUCAGUUUUGGUGCAAUGAAAAAUUAUCACUGUUUUAUCAUAUUAUUAUUUAAAGUAAAUUUAAAAACAGGAGAAGAAGCAAGUUUUAAACAUAAAAACAAAAAUAAUUUUUCGUACUUCGACAGUAUUUUAAUAACUGUAAGCGUAUAAGAAUAACCAAGAACAUAUUUUCAUAAUCUGUUUUAAAUUAAUUGCAACUAUGUCGACCUUUUUGUGAGGAAAAAGAAAACUCCAAUGAAACUUUUAAAUGUGGAGUCUUUUGGCUAACAUUUUUGAAAAUUCUAGAUAAUGUCAACAAUAAAAGAAUUUAUUUCAAUGUCUGUUCUUACUGUAAUAUUUUGACUUCACAAUAAAGAAAGGAAGAAUUGUGCAUAUAAAUUUUUUUUGUCUCGU